AGUUCAUCUCAACGAUGGCUACGUUGCUGUGAUGGUUUAUACUGAACAAGACGUUUCCCCAAAACGGUGCGUACCGUCCUUCAGCAUCAUUUGAGGUACGUCUGCUACUCUUUGGUGGGUGUGGCCUGAUCAAUACGGGGGAUACCAUUUGAAAUCGCAAAACUCGUUCAGCAAGUUACAGUUAUAGCCGUUAUGUUGAAUUAAAGGUUGAACAUCGUGCUGUCUUACUGAACACACCCCUUGUGUCCUCGUUGUGGAUUUUUGGGUGGGUUUGCGAGCGCACAACCCGGACAGGCACCAAAAACGAGUUCCCCAUUCUGUGCUAGCCAGAUACAUGCAAGUUACUGUAGCCUCCACAAUCAUAGGCAAGGAUGACCGAAAGCUCCGCGAACAAGCCGGCCAAUGGACAAGUUUGUCACCGAGUGAAGAACGGCGUUAAACCGGGUAGAAACGGUUUCAUAAAAAACCAUCACCAUUACCAUCAUCAGCAGCCGAUGUACUGCUAUCCCGAGGACAAGGUGCAGCACACCACGUGUAAUGGCAGCAGCGGCCUGGGCCUGUACAGUCGUCCCUUCAUCGAGUCUUUUGAGGAAACGCCCAUGCUGGUGGCGGUCCUCACCUACAUGGGCUACGGCAUCCUCACCAUCUUUGGAUACCUCCGAGACUUCCUCCGGGACUGGAAAAUCGAGAGGUGUCACGUUGCCCGCGAGAGGGAGGAGCAGAGGGACUUUGUCCCACUUUACCAGGACUUUGAGAACUUUUACACCAGGAACUUAUACAUGCGCAUCCGUGACAGCUGGAACCGACCCAUCUGCAGUGUCCCAGGGGCCAAGGUGGACCUAGUGGAACGUGUGUCACCUGACUACAACUGGACCUUUGACUACACAGGCAAAGUGGUUGAAGGUGUAAUAAACAUGGGUUCCUAUAACUACCUGGGCUUUGCUGAGAACACGGGUUACUGUGCUGACGCGUCCGCUGAGGUCACCAUGAAGUACGGGGUGGGCGUGGCCAGCACCAGGCAGGAGAUGGGUAACUUAGACAGACAUGAGGAGAUGGAGGAGCUGGUUGCUAAAUUCCUGGGCGUGGAGUCGGCCAUGGCUUUCGGGAUGGGCUUCGCUACCAAUUCGAUGAACAUCCCUGCCCUUACUGGCAAGGGCUGUCUAAUCCUAAGUGAUGAGCUGAACCAUGCCUCUCUGGUCCUGGGAGCCAGGCUGUCUGGGUCCACCAUCCGUGUCUUCAAACACAACAACAUGCAAAGUCUGGAGAAGAUGUUGAGAGACGCCAUAGUCCACGGCCAGCCCAGAACACACAGGCCGUGGAAGAAGAUCCUCAUACUGGUGGAGGGUAUAUACAGUAUGGAAGGCAGUAUAGUACGUCUACCUGAAGUCAUAGCUCUGAAGAAGCGCUACAGGGCCUAUCUGUACCUGGACGAGGCCCACAGUAUUGGGGCUCUGGGGCCAGGGGGCCGAGGUGUGGUCGACUACUUUGGUCUGGACCCCCGAGACGUGGACGUCAUGAUGGGGACGUUCACCAAGAGCUUUGGCGCCGCUGGGGGCUACAUCGGAGGCAGGAAGGAGUUGUUGGAGUACCUGCGCUCCCACUCUCACAGUGCGGUGUACGCCGCGUCCAUGUCACCUCCUGUCGUGGAGCAGAUCAUCGCUUCUAUGAAGUGCAUUAUGGGGGAGGACGGGACGACGCUUGGUCGUGAUCGCGUGCAGCAGUUGGCAGAGAACACUUUGUAUUUCCGUAGGAGACUGACAGAGAUGGGCUUUAUCAUCUACGGAAACAACGACUCGCCCGUAGUUCCCAUGAUGCUCUACAUGCCGGCCAAGAUAGGGGCGUUUGGUAGAGAGAUGCUGAAGAGGAACAUCGGGGUGGUGGUGGUGGGCUUUCCAGCCACACCCAUCAUUGAGUCCAGAGCACGAUUCUGUAUCUCUGCCGCUCACACCAAAGACAUGCUCGACACGGCCCUGAGUGUGAUCAGUGAGGUAGGAGACCUGCUGCAGGUCAAGUACUCCAGACACAAGAGACUGCCCUCUCUGGACUGAGUCGUCAACCAUAGCAUCUACGACCAGAUACAAGACUGAACUGAACCACAGUGGUCUAGACCGGAUCGGACCAGAUUGGACUGGCAGUCUUCCACACCCAGAACCAAAAUGUGCUCGCCUUGAUGUCACAGAACCACUUUAUUCAUCUAACACAAGGUUUUAACUUUCACUCGCCUGCCUUAUUUUACCAGCAAACUCACUGCAUCAUCAUGGCGAAGAAGAAAAAAACUUGGAAAACAUUUUAUUUUUUCAAACGAUUAUUUCUUACCUCUGUUUUGUCUUAAAUAAUGAAAUGUUGGGUCUGCAUCUUAAUUUGUGGCAUUUUGUUUCUGGAGGAUUAGUAGACUGAGGACUGCUUAUGUGUGCUUGUAGCUGCUUUAUGUCAUGCCUAUGUCAUGUCAUCUCUGACUGUGUGUGUUUGGGAGAAACGAUGUGAUUUGGAAAGACCAACCUAAAUGUAGCUUACGAAGCUUUCGGAAGUAUUUCAACAUUUUGGAGGAGAGAUGGGGAGUUGAAGAAAAACAACAACAAGAAUAAUCAACACAAACAAACAAACUGAUUUCUAAAGGUCAUAAAACACACUGAGUUUCUGUUAGAAGAUUCCCUUAGGUAUAGAUCUAGGACCAGCUUACCCUCCACAAAACCUAUCCUUACCCAUUGGGGUUGAAAUGUGUAACUGACCUUAGCACAGUGUCAAGGGGCAAUGUUAUCCUACUCUACUCAGUGAUGGUAUUGCUAUGAAGUACAGUUUAGGAGUGCUUUGAGAUGCAUGUUUGGUGUAACCGACUCCUGGAGCUAAACUUUGCUGUUCUAACUUGCAGCCAGGAACCGUGUCUUACUUGAAUCUCUAACUAUGUUCUCUUUCCAAAGUAUUUAUGAUUUUUAUUUACAGAUGACUAUAUCUCAUAACAGGUCAGAGUGAGAGACGUUGUACCAAGGCCUUUACUUUCAGAUGAGCUAUGAGCAUAUCACUCCUCCUCACUCGUAUCCACUAGCCCUUGGUUCCAGGCUGUUUCAGCUGUAGCUCCUAACCACAGAUCUAGGAUCAGAUUAUUCUAUCCCGAUCCUAACGUUAUCAUUAGGGGGAUGAACAACUAUAUGACCCAGUAUCGGUGGUUUGGGGGAAAACUCCACCCACUCCAGUAGAAAAAGUCUGGUAUCCAGGGAAAUGGAUCUAUCAGAUGGGGGGCGGGGGGGCAGCAGACUUAGUCAAGACAGACAUAGUCUUAACCAAACGUGUGUGACAGAGAGAGUUGUUUAAUGUACAGAUUUAUUUAUUCAUUGUUUCCAUGUUUUUUUUUCUUCUCAAUUUGGAAAAAAUGUAACAUUUUAUCACUGGCAGCUCUGAAGCCAUGUCUUGCAUGCACAUACCUUUACACCUCUCUGACUGAUCACAUGCCCUCAGUGCAAUCACUACUGAUGUGUAUUUUAUCGUUUGGCACACCUUAGCGCUGCAUGCGCUAAGGGGCAGCAGCGUAGCCUAGUGGUUAGAGCGUUGGACUAGUAACCGAACGGUUGCAAGUUCUAAUCCCCGAGCUGACAAGGUACAAAUCUGUCGUCCUGCCCCUGAACAGGCAGUUAACCCACUGUUCCUAGGCCGUCAUUGAAAAUAAGAAUUUGUUCUUAACUGACUUGCCUAGUAAAAUAAAGGUAAAAUUAAAAUAAAAUAAAAAAAUAAAUGCACAGUAUGACGUAGUCACUGACGCUGCUAGUACACCAUGAAACAAGGUGCUCAACUGUACACACUACCUACAUACAACACUCCUUCCUGUGGCUUUUGUUUUUAAAUACAACCUGAACUCAUUCCAAAAUUACUGAUUUUAUUGUAUGAAAUUGAUAUCUCUUUGAAGACAAGGACAUGUUCUGUUUGUGUAACAAAAAAAACAAAAAAAUAUUUCUUUGAGAGUUUAUUAAUAUAAGUGACCUGCAAAGAGCUGGAGGAGAGACAUUUAAGAUCAUUGAAAAUAUUGAAUAUAGAGAACUAAAUAGAUUUUCAUUCAUUUUUAUUACUGUACAAAGAACUCUCACAAUGACAUAUGAUUUGACUCAUUCAGCUAGCUAUUUUUUUGUUUCCUCAAAGGCAAAAAGUUAGAAGUAAAUCUGCACUGGAUGUGUGUAAAAAAUGUAUUUUGUAUAUUUCUAUUUUUCUUGUUUGCACAAAGAGAAAUACAACAUGAUACUGGUGAGGUGUCAAAGUCUUAACGUCAAACUUCUUAAGAUUUAAACACUGUCCUUAUGCCUCAUCUGUGGAUGACCUGUCUCUUGGGUGAGAUACAGGGUGUGAGUGGCCAUUCAACUGCUUUAAAAAAAAAAAAAUACAUGUAUGUGUUCUAACAUAACUUGGAUGUGCUACAAAUAGUGCAUAAUAAUAGCUGUACUUUUUUUGGAUCAAAGAAAAAUGCAGUGUUUGCUACAUAUCAGUGGAUGACCUAUUUGUACCUGUUUCACUCAUGUUACGGACAUCAAAAUGUCAUUAAAAUAAUGUAACAACG